AUGGCUUCCAAUCCCAGGAAAAAACGAAAUCCGAAUCGAAACUCUCCUCAAACCCCUAAAUAUUCCUCUACAUCUAGCAAUUUGUUCCCGCUGGAACCGUCCUUUAAGUUGUUUCCAUCUUCCAAGGCCGAUUUCGUUCGGCUACUCGGGGUUUUUGCCGUCGCCGCUUCCGUGGCGGUGGUUUGCAAAUUCAUUGCAGCCUCUCUCAAUCACCCUGUCAAACCCUUCUGUGAUAGCAAUUCUGAAUUGGAUGAUUUCCUGUCCGACUACUGUGAACCUUGCCCAACUAAUGGAGAAUGUCAUGAUGGCAAGUUGGAAUGUGCUCGUGGAUAUAGAAAGCAUGGGAAGUUUUGUGUUGAGGAUGGAGAUAUUAAUGAAGCAGCUAAGAAACUAUCAAAAUUUGCAGAAGUUUGUGCAUGUGAAAAGUAUGCUCAAUCGUUGUGUGGUGGAACUGGAAUUUAUUGGGUCCAGGAGGAUGAACUGUGGAAUACUUUAGAUGAGUAUAAGUUGAUGAAUAGUUAUGGCCUGGAUGAGGCGAUGUACAGGCAUGCGAAGCAAAGAGCACUGACAACCAUACACAAUUUAUUGGAGACAAGAUCAAAUAAUCAUGGGAUUGAAGAGUUCAAGUGCCCAGAGUUUCUUGUGAACCAUUAUACACCACUUUCCUGUCGUCUCCUAAAGUGGAUUAUCAAGAAUGUUUUCAUUUUGGUGCCAGCUUGUGCAUUGCUUUUGGGAUGCAUAUCAGUUGUGUUAAAGGUCCGCAAAAAGCAUCGGUUAUCAGUUAGAGCUGAACAGCUUUACCUUGAGGUUUGCAAUGUUCUUGAAGGGAGCAUAAGUAGUGGGAAUGAACCGUGGGUGGUAGCCUCGUGGUUGCGAGAUCAUCUGCUCUCACCUAAGGAAAGAAAAGACACACUGCUCUGGAAAAAGGUUGAGGAAUUAGUUCAAGAAGAUUCUCGCGUGGAUCAGUACCCGAAGAUAGUGAAGGGUGAAUCCAAGGUUGUAUGGGAAUGGCAAGUUGAAGGUUCUUUAAGCUCUUCAGCCAAGAGAAAGAAAAGUGAAGAACGUGAACUGAAGUUGAAGGAACACAUGAAUUUAUCAUCUCACGCACAAAGCUGGGCAGCUAAAGCUGUAGGUGCUAUUAGAGGUAAAACUACCCCGACACCUUCAUACACGUGA